GAACAUUCGAUGAUACCGCCAUCAUCACCUUCAGUCCCUUACUCUCAGCUACAUUCUCCAUUGAGUGCCAGGAAUUCUGUCACCUUAGGGAGAGGAGUACGACCAAGCGCUAGUGGGUAUACAUCUCCUGGCGGAAGGUCGACUUACAGCAACUUCUCAGCCGAUCGCGUUGGUUGUUUAACAGCUGUUAGGAUGACUGCUGGUGCUAAACUGAGCCGAUAUUUCCGAAGACUUGUCCGGUUUAAACAAAUGGACUUUGAGUUCGCAGUGUGGCAGAUGAUAUAUCUUUUGGUAAAACCGCAGAAAGUAUAUCGUAAUUUCAUGUAUCGGAAAAGAACGAAGGAUCAGUGGGCCAGAGAUGAUCCCGCGUUUUUGGUUUUACUUGCCGUGUCUCUUGCUCUUUCGAGUAUACUCUUUGCUAUAGUGAUGAGUUUAAACUUUCUAGCUUUUGUUAAAUUUUUCCUUUGGGUCGUCUUUGUGGACUGUAUAGGUGUUGGAAUAGUAAUCGCCACUUUACUAUGGUUCUUGUCAAAUCGUUAUUUGCGACGUGUUUUUGAUCAAGACGUUGAAUGGGGAUACUGCUUUGAUGUACAUUUGAAUGCCUUUUUUCCGAUGCUUAUGCUUUUGCAUGUCUUGAUGCCUCUGACCUACAAAUCCCUUAUUGAAUAUGAUGCUCUUUUGCCACGUUUUUAUGGCAAUACUAUCUGGUUUGUGGCAAUUGUUUAUUAUAUAUACAUAACAUUUUUGGGAUAUACAGCAUUGCCAAUCUUGAAAAACACUCAUAUUUUUUUCUAUCCGAUUACGUUUUUAUUCAUAUUUUACGUCGCAACCGUCACUGCUGGUUGGAAUAUUUCCCGAACAGCGUUCAGGUUUUACCAUUUUCGAACUGCUUCAAGGCAGUAG